ACCAUUCAGCUGUGAUGAAUGUGGACAUACAUCGAGUCGAGCGGAUGACUUAAAGAAACAUAUGACAGUCCACACAGGAGACAAACCAUUCCGCUGUGAUGAAUGUGGAAAAAGAUUUAGUGGAAAGACAGAUUUAACCAAACAUAUAAGAAUCCACACAGGAGAGAGACCGUUCAGCUGUGAUGAAUGUGGACAAAGAUUUAGUCUAAAGACGGGCUUAAACCAACACAUGAGAAUCCACACAGGAGAGAAACCAUUCAGCUGUGAUGAAUGUGGAAAAAGAUUUAGUCAAAGGACGGGCUUAAACCUACACAUGAGAAUCCACACAGGAGACAAACCAUUCCGCUGUGCUGAAUGUGGAAAAAGAUUUAGUCUAAAGACUGUCUUAAACCAACACAUGAGAAUCCACACAGGAGAGAGACCAUUCCGCUGCGAUGAAUGUGGAAAAAGAUUUAGUGGAAAGACAGAUUUAACCAAACAUAUAAGAAUCCACACAGGAGAGAAACCAUUCAGCUGUGAUGAAUGUGGACGAAGAUUUAGUCUCAAGUCAAGCUUAGACCAACACAUGAGAAUCCACACAGGAGAGAGACCAUUCAGCUGUAAUGAAUGUGGACAUAGCUUUAGUCAAAAGACAAACUUGAACAAACACAUGCGAAUCCACACAAGAGACAAACCUUUCAGCUGUGAUGAAUGUGGACAAAAGCUUAGUCGAAAGACACACUUAAACAGACACAUGAGAAUCCACACAGGAGACAAACCAUUCAGCUGUGAAGAAUGUGGACAAAGAUUUAUUCAAAAGACAAGCUUAAACGAACACAUGAGAAUCCACACAGGAGACAAACCAUUCAGCUGUGAUGAAUGUGGACAUGGAUUUGGUCAAAAGACAAACUUGAACAACCACAUGAGAAUCCACACAGGACAGAGACCAUUUUCCUGUGUGGUUUGUGGUGAAUUCUAUCGGCGGUGUGACGCAUGCAUGUCACCACAAAGUAGAAGAGACACAAUAGCAGUGUGA